UUUCUGACUUUCUCCAAAGAUCUGAUCAGAGAGUGACAAUUUCUCAUCCAACUUCUGCUUGGAAUCUCAAGAGACAAGAACACGUUGUGGUCCCCUUUUAGAGCAAUGGUAUGGUCGGGGUUAAAGGUUGUGCGUAUAACUGGUUACCUGCCCAUCGUUUACCAUAAACAUUGCCACGCCUCUCCCUUGGCAAAUAUCACUGUAAUACUAAGGUGUAGUAUCCAUGGACACGCUGCAAUUUCUUUGCUGUUUAGCAAAUGGCGACGAAAGUUAGUAUUAAAGUGCAAUUUUCUUACAAUUGUUUAAACCAUGGGUUGUGCGGCUAGUCAUGAACAUUCCGACCAAGAACGCCCACGCUCUGACAUGGAAAAGCGUCUCGACUUGAACGCCGUCUCCGAUAUCGUCCGGGACUUGUGCACUGGCAAAGGGGAAGUCCAGCCAAAGGCUAAACUGACAGAUCCCGCCUCGAACCGAGCAUGGACCGAAGUCCUCUCCGAGCCCGUCUUCGGGCGCCUGUGUUCGUGCCCGAGGGGAACGACUGCACCCGAUCGGCUAUCUUCUCGGGACGGAAGGAAGUACGUUUUCGCCUUCGGUCCCGAGACGGUGUGCGGGACUCUACUGAGGCUGGAGCCGUAUGAGAUGCUGGUUCAGCUGGGUCUUAUCCCCAGAUAUAUCUACUGGAAGGUGUACAAAGAAGAGUUGCCGUGUUUCUUGGUGUUAUUCCGCCCGGGCCGGGUACAACCGGAGCCCGCCACAUGGGACGGAGUUAUAGCCUUCAUAUCCCGCCACUACCCGCUCUGUGUGGACAGAGUGCAUAAGCAUCUACCUGAGAUCAAGACGAGAUCUGUGGACGACUUUGAGAAAGACUGCAGUGUCCGUUUCAUCGAGGCCCUGGAGAACCCCACGGGGCCGGACUACAUGACGUACGACCGCUACAUGGCUCUAUCGGACCCGCUACCGUGGCAAACCCGCCUGUUCCUGUACUGUGAGCUGCGCCUGUUUGAGCUCUUCACGGGCGACGGGAGGACAAAACUUCACGAUGGGAGUCUGGGAGAGACGGAGUACCUGUGUGAUAAUGUCGAUCUGACUGACUUUGGGGAAGGGAACUAUAGAAUCAUUCCUCUCACUGUUACCAUACCUGAUGACGUCAUUCAGAAAUACGAGAACGAGGGAGAAACGUAGCAGGGGUAUUUACAUUGGGAUGUACUUUACGUUUGGGUCUAGAUAUCAACUUUACGUUUCGGACCGCAGUGCUAGCAACGACACCUACAUGUAACUGCAGUGUGGAAUAAAUGAGGAGGAAAGUCGGUUGUGAUGGCUUUUUAUGUAAUGUUAUGUCUUAUCCAUUCCACAACAUUUCUUUGUACGUGUCGCUGCUUAUUAGCAUAUCGUAAAUAUAACACCAAAUCACCAAACAUGAACGCCGGAGACGAGCUUAUGAAGAAGAUGUGAUCCUUCUGAAUUAUCAAUUUACAUUGUUUAUAAUGUGACGUAUGUGAUGUCAUAUUAAGUUUUGGGUUUACUUUUUAGUCGAUUGAUAUGAUGUUCUUUGUGUAAUUUGACAAAGUGGAGUUAUAUUUCUCGUCUGUUGGAACGGGUAUCCCAUUGAUGGAUGUUAUCAUUAUGUCAUUUUCAUUCUUCUGGCAAAAGGAUUGCAUCGGGCAAUUUAUCAUUCCUUGCCAGGCAGAAAUUUGCAACUUUUAAUUUUCGUUUAUAUAAGUUAGCACAUCCUCAAUUCUCCACUCAAAUGGUUAAGUAGCUAUAAUAAAUGAAUAAGAAUAAAGACAUUUGUAUUUUAUUUA